AUGGCCCAUAUUCUAGCCGGAGCCGGUGAAGCCGUUGCUGCUGAGACGGCACCACACGUCGUUCCAUCGUCUCUGCCAAUGCGUGCGGGCGGGCGGGGCCAUGGCUACGCCGCUCGAUUCUCUGCCGCCGGGCUCUGGAUCGCCGGAUUCAAGUUCCGAGCGAGGAGGAACAAGCCCGUGCCUGAGGCAGUGAGGCCUUGGGGCUGCACCGCAGAGCUUAGCAGUGGAGUCGCUACGAUGGCCUUCUGUGCGUGUGGUGGGCGCUGCGAAGCGGCGGUGUUGCUGCGCUGCGGGUGGCAGGAGAGGUUGGCGGCACCUGCGGAUCUCGGCGAGGAAGAAGGCGGAGAAGAUCUGAAUGAGGUUGUGUUUGUGGUUGGGAGCGCGGGGGUCGCGCUGGCUGCCUCCCCGGUGCUCGACCUCAUGGACCGAGACUUCGCCCGCGGCCAGCCGUCGGCGGGGCCGCGGCCACGAUCAGCAAUGGCUACGAAAAGGAAGAGCCCCGUGGACCAUGGUGGUAAUUCAUUUUCUGUUCGAUUAGGGCAGUAUAACAACUUUUUUAGGUUUGAAGAUUUUGAAGAUGAUAAGAGUGUUGUUUUGAUGGAAGCUCAUUUAGAAAUGAUGCAAAAGUUCAUUAACUUUUGUAAGGAGAAGGAGUCCUUCAAAAGAAAUGCAUUCAAGGAGAAGCUUACAACAUAUUUCAGAGAGCAUUUGCCUUCUGAUGUUGUUGAUGAGUUAUGCAACCUUGUUCAAGAUAAUUCAUAUGGGAAGUGCCAUUACUGUUGUCUGCCAGCAGAAAGCUUAGUGCUCAGUGUUCUACAGAUCCUUCAUGAUGCAUCUCAAAACCUGGGGAAGAAAACCCACACUUCUCAAGUAGCACACAGUAGCCAUGCUUGCCGUAAUGCACCUGUUUGCAACAAUCAUGAUGCUAACUUUAAUUCUAUGAAUAAAAAGGCUCCACCAGCUUCAGACAUAGUUCAUGAGAAGCCCCCAAGCACAAAUGGCGAAAAUGAAAAGUAUGCUGCAUCAGAUAAAGGUCUCCAUUCUGCAGAUAAUAUAUACAAUGGAAUUGAAGCUACUAAAAGCUUUCAGAACCAAGUCAAGGCAAAUCAUGUUCCUAUUCUCGACAUACCAGCAUUCUUGUUUGGGAGGGAGUUUAGUAGGAAUACAUCUGUAUCAUCGCAGCAUGGUUUUCUUGAUGUCUAUAUUUUUAAGGAAACAAAAUCCAAAGGUCGUUCCUUGGACAUGGGAGAAUUAGCUGACCAACUGUACAACAAAAAGAAUUUGAACAUCCAGAUGACCAAUAACAUGACUCAUGUAGUUGAAGAUCAUAGUCUCAAGCAUCAAAAAUCUUCUCGUCGUUUUAAUGUGUCUGAAACUGAGAUGCGCUACUAUAAAGUCUUUUGUGGUCUUGCUCACAGCCAAUGGAGCUGCUUUGAGGGUGUUAAGCUAUUCAAGACUAGUGUUACAUACCCGUCUUUGGGUGAAUCAAUAGAGCUUUUGGGCCAGUGCCUUUUUGUUGUUUGGGCCUUUUCUUUCUCAAUUUUUGGGCCUACAACAGCAAAGCACAGAAGCUGUUAG